AUGGAGAUUGGAUGGAUACCAAAUCAGAGACAAAGGCAAGUCUUAAUUUUCUUUGUUUUAUUGAGCAUGUCUGGGGCGGACACAGAGCUGGGGCCCUAUUUCGUGGUGGAAGAAAUGGAGAAAGGCUCCUUCGUAGCCAAUCUAGGAAAAGACCUGGGGCUGGAAUUGCCACAGUUGUCCACCCGCCGGGCCAGAGUAAUUUCCCAGGGAAAUAAAGAGCAUUUGCAGCUCAAGGUACAGACUGGAGAUUUGCUCAUAAAUGAGAAAAUAGAUCGCGAGGAGCUAUGCGGUACCACGGAGCCUUGCAUACUAUAUUUCCAAGUGUUGAUGGAAAUGCCUUUAGAGAUAUUUCAGGCUGAACUGAGAGUGAAAGACAUAAAUGAUAAUUCUCCCGUGUUCACUGAAAAAGAAAUGGUUUUUAAAAUACUAGAAAAUAGCCCACUAGGAAAUACAUUCCUUCUUAAUAAUGCUCUGGACUUGGACGUAGGAAACAAUAAUGUUCAGAAGUAUAACAUCAGUCCCAACUCUCACUUCCAUGUUCUAACCCGUAAUCGCAGCGAUGGUAGGAAAUACCCAGAGCUGGUGCUGGAAAAAGAGCUAGAUCGGGAGCAGGAGCCUGAAGUAAGACUAACCUUGACAGCGUUGGAUGGCGGCUCUCCACCUCGGUCUGGGACCUCACAGGUCCGCAUUGAAAUAGUAGACAUCAAUGACAAUGCCCCUGAAUUUCAGCAGCCUAUCUACAAGGUGCAGGUUCCUGAGAAUAGCUCAGUAGGCUCUUUGGUGGUCACAGUCUCCGCCAGGGACAUAGACAGUGGAGCCUAUGGGCAAAUAGUGUACACACUCGCCCACUCUUCUGAAGAAACUAACAAAAUUUUAGAGGUUAAUCCUAUGACAGGAGAAAUUCGGCUGAAGAAACAAGUAGAUUUUGAAACAGUAAAGUUUUAUGAAAUGGACAUAGAGGCCACAGAUGGCGGUGGUCUUUCAGGAAAAUGCACCCUUGUCCUACAGGUUGUGGACAUAAAUGACAACCCACCAGAAGUGACCAUGUCCGCAAUUACAAACCCGGUCCCAGAAAACUCCCCAGAUACGGUAGUUGCGGUUUUCAGUGUUUCAGAUUCUGACUCAGGAACCAAUGGGAAGAUGGUUUCUUCCAUUCCAGAAGAUCUUCCCUUUCUUCUAAAAUCUUCAGGAAAGAACUUCUACACCUUGGUAACAGAAAGAGCACUAGACAGAGAAGAAAGAGAUGAAUACAACAUCACCAUCACUGUCUCCGACUUGGGGACUCCCAGGCUGCAAACUCAGCACACCAUCACCCUGCAGGUGUCCGACAUGAACGACAACGCCCCCGAAUUCACGCAGUCGUCCUACACCCUGUGGGUCCGCGAGAACAACAGCCCCGCCCUGCACAUUGGCACCAUCAGCGCCACAGACAGAGACUCGGGCAGCAACGCCCAGCUGACCUACUCGCUGCUGCCCGGCCCGCAGCCCGGCGCCGACGCGGCGGCGGCGCUGGUGUCCAUCAACGCGGACAGCGGGCAGCUGUUCGCCCUGAGGGCGCUGGACUAUGAGGCCCUGCAGGCGUUCGAGGUGCGCGUGCGCGCCGCCGACCGCGGCUCGCCCCCGCUCAGCAGCCAGGCGCUGGUGCGCGUGCAGGUGCUGGACGCCAACGACAACUCGCCCUUCGUGCUGUACCCGCUGCAGAACGCGUCUGCGCCCUGCACCGAGCUGCUGCCCAGGGCGGCCGAGCCGGGCUACCUGGUGAGCAAGGUGGUGGCGGUGGACCGCGACUCGGGCCAGAACGCCUGGCUGUCGUUCCAGCUGCUCAAGGCCACGGAGCCCGGGCUGUUCAGCGUGUGGCCGCACAAUGGCGAGGUGCGCACCGCCAGGCUGCUGAGCGAGCGCGACGCGCCCAAGCACAGGCUGCUGCUGCUGGUCAAGGACAAUGGCGAGCCGCCGCGCUCGGCCAGCGUCACGCUGCACGUGCUGCUGGUGGAUGGCUUCUCGCAGCCCUACCUGCCGCUGCCCGACGCGGCGGCGCCCGAGCGCGCGCAGCCCGACCGCCUCACUGCCUACUUGGUCAUCGCGCUGGCGGCCGUGUCUUCUCUCUUCCUCUUGUCUCUGCUGCUCUUCGUGGCCGCCAGGCUGUGCAGGAGGAGCAGGGCGCGCUCGCUGGCCGGCUGCGCGCUGCCCGAUGGCCCCUUGCCUGGACACCUGCUGGACGUGAGUGGCACAGGGACCCUGGCCCACAGCUACCAGUAUGAGGUGUGUCUGCAGGGAGGUGCUGGCACUAAUGAGUUCAAAUUCCUGAAGCCUAUCAUCCCCAAUCUCCAGCCCCAGGGCUCUGGGAAAGAGAUAGAGGAAAAUUCUCCUUUCCGAAACAGUUUAGGUUUUAAUUACUGA